ACGUCACCCAGUCUGCCUCCAUCAGGCUGCUGAAGAAGAAGAAGAAGAAGAAGAAGAAGAAUUGAUCAUCAUCAUCAUCAUCAUCAAGAGGAGCGUCCAGGUUCCAUGCAGGCCAAGUAGCCGUCACAACCCGGGGACAGCCCGGCUUUCUACCAGCGCGUUGAGGAUGAGUAUGGAGGAUUAUGACUACUUGUUCAAAAUCGUUCUGAUCGGGAACGCCGGAGUUGGGAAGACAUGUCUCGUACGCCGCUUCACUCAGGGCCUUUUCCCGCCCGGUCAAGGAGCCACCAUCGGCGUGGACUUCAUGAUUAAGACGGUGGAAAUCCGAGGGCAGAAGGUCAAGCUGCAGAUCUGGGACACGGCGGGACAGGAGAGGUUCCGCUCCAUCACACAGAGCUAUUACCGCAGUGCCAACGCCCUCAUUCUCACCUACGACAUUACCUGCGAGGACUCCUUCAGGUGCCUUCCCGAGUGGCUGCGGGAGAUCGAGCAGUACGCCAACAACCAGGUGGUGACUAUAUUAGUCGGCAACAAGAUCGACCUGGCGGAGAAGAGGGAGGUCCAGCAGCACCGGGCCCAGGACUUUGCCGAGGCCCAGGGCAUGGUCUACCUGGAGACGUCGGCCAAGGAGUCGGACAACGUGGAGAAGCUCUUCCUGGACCUGGCCUGCCAGCUGAUCCGCGAGGCCAAGCGCAACAAGCUGGACAACACGGACACUGCCCCCAUGCCCGGCGAGGGCAAGACCAUCAGCUACCUGAGCUGCUGCAGCCUGGUGUAGGGCCCCGACUGGAGGGGGGCCCCUCACCGUCCUUUCCAUGGUUCCCUCAUGCCUUCUUCCAGGCCACCUUCCCCUCUGGGAAUCCACGCAGGGCCUGUCGUCAUGGCAACACGGUCACGCCCACGUCACCAGCAGUGUGAGUGACCCAGGAAUGUUUUCUUUGCACUAGUGAUGUGCGAUACUGCAUCUUUGUGCGCUGAUAUCAUUCUCCAAUUACUUCUAAGGGCCCAUUCUGAGGGGGCCAUGUUGAUAUCUUUUUUUUUUUAGGAAAAAUGCUAAAGACAGAUAUUAUCAGCUGAGUAUUAGUGAUUUUAAUGCUACUUAUUAGAACAUUUGUCUCAUACCAAUUUUUUUAACCUUUUUUUUAACUGUUGAACAAUAUUUAUUAUUUAAU